AAAGUUUGUCUGGUCUGCAGAUGUUCAUUCAGCAGCGUCUCUCACAGUGAGUCCUGACAGAGUGCAACACUUCACCUCUGACUCUGUCUCACUGACCUGUGAGGGAAACUUCACUGAGUGGAGAGUGAGGAAGUUCUCUGAGGACGGCCGACUGUACUCUGACUGUAGGAGAAUGACUGGAUCCACAUGCAAAAUCUACAGAUCAGAGUCAGAUACUGCAGUGUACUGGUGUGAGUCUGGAUCAGGAGAGUUCAGCAGUGCAGUCAACAUCACUGUACAGAAUGAUGGUAAUGGUCCUAUCCUGGUGAGUCCUGUUCAUCCUGUGACUGAGGGAGCUUCUGUUAGUCUGAGCUGCAGUUUGAGAACACAAAAAAUACUUUCCAAUGUGUUUUUCUAUCACAAUGACAAACUUAUUCAAAAUUAUACCCGAGGGGAGCUGAAGAUCUCUGCAGUGUCAAAGUCUGAUGAAGGUUUCUACAAGUGUCAGUACUCAGGAAGAGAGUCAGCACAGAGCUGGAUGUCAGUUAAAGUAACUGUGUCAGGAGCUGACAGCUCUUCAUCUCCUGUGUGGUUGAUUGUUGGACUGGUUUGUGGAGUCUCUCUCAUUAUUAUUCUCCUGCUCUUGUUGUAUCGCUGCAGACAGUCCAAGUAUUCCUGCUUCACCAGGUGGAUCCAGUCUGAGAGUCACAGUCCGGGCUCCUCCACAAAUCAUGGAGUCAACCAGAAUGAAACUCAUGAAUACAACUCUCUUCAUCCUGGUGCAGAUGAACCCCAAGAUGUCACAUAUGCUCUUAUUGAAAUCGCAAAUGUCAGAAGGAAGGGGAAGCAUCAUAAACCAGAGCAGAGUGCUGUUUACUCUGAGGUGCAGACGGGAGCUGCAGAGGACAGUCUGAUGUAUGCUGAGGUCAAACAGCCCAAAAAAGAAAAAGCCAAGAAAAACAAAGGAAAAUCAAGUCCUGCAGCUGAUGCAGCAGUUUAUUCUGAAGUCACAUCAGGAAGCUCUCUCAGUCAGUGAGGAGAGCUGUAGCAGCAAAGCCAAGAAGAAGCUUUUUAUGAAGCCACUCUUGCUCCUCUGCUCCCCAAAUA